GCGGGCGAUUCAGGACAGAUGGAUUUAGCCAGCGGAUCCCGCCGAGGAGGCUCCCACCUCCUGUCCCUGCUCCUCUUGGUUUUUGGCUUUGGACCCGACGCGGCUUCCUCUAGGGCUGCACUUCGAAAGGAAGGCAGACUGGGUCCCCCUGUUGAUAUCCUGCUGGAUUCUUUAAACUGUUCAGCUUUCCAAGUUCAGUGGAGAAUGCCACAUCAUCACACCAAUCUCAUCACUGGAUAUACUGUGUUUUACUCUGAGGCCAGGGAGAACAAAUUCCUCCACCAGAUGUCACAAGAUGUGCCUCUCAAUGAGGACAUACUCAAUAUGAGUCCACUGGAUAACCAGGCAGCUUUCGAAGUAGUGAUUGGGGAUUUAAAACCAGGUACCACCUACAGAGUGAGUGUAAGAGCUUAUGGCUGGAACACCAAAGGACGCCCAAGCUCUCCCCAACUUGUUACCACUCUAUCAAAAGAUAAAUGUAUGCCCCCAUCACCUCCUUAUCAACCUCAAGUCAUUGUGGUUUCUGACUCCGAGGUGGCACUGUCCUGGAAACCUGGAGAAAGUGAAGGAAGUUCACCUAUUCAGUACUACUCUCUGGAGUAUAUCAGGCCAGAUUUUGACAACAGUUGGACUCUAAUCAAAGAACAGAUCCAGAUGGACUCUAUGGUUCUUAAGGGACUCCUUGCAGAUACCCAAUACCAGUUUGCUGUGACGGCUGUGAAUACCUUUGGAGCCAGUCCCCGCAGCCAGCCCAGUGACACCAUCCAAACCUUCAGUACUGAAGAGGCAGGAAGUGGGACCUCUGAGCCACGCUAUAUCACAGACACAGGAGGGAGUGAUGACAAUGGAUUUGACAUUGAUGACUCUGAUUUUGACAUUUACAUUGAAGAGGUCAAACCACUUCCUGCUAUCAAAGGAAGCCAUAGGAAAUUUUUGGUGGAAACCAAGAUGCCUCCUAGAUCUAACCCAAAGUCUUUUUCAAGGCGUAUCCUUCCUACCUCAGCUUCCCCUAUCACUACAACACCGAUUCACUAUACCACCACAGCAAAGGCAAAGAGGAGGCAUGGCAUGGCUGCAAUGACAAGGCUCUUUGACAUGUCUUGUGAUAAAACCACCUGCUCAGCUGAUAGCUUCUGUGUCAAUGACUACAACCUUGGUGGUUCUCGAUGCCACUGCAACCUUGGCAAAAGUGGAGAGAAUUGUGCAGAAGAUAUUUCCAUCCAAUAUCCUCAGUUCUUUGGCCACUCCUACUUAACCUUGGAACCACUGAAGAACUCUUAUCAGGCAUUUCAAAUCACUCUUGAAUUUAGGGCAGAAACAGAAGAUGGCUUAUUGCUGUAUUGUGGAGAAAAUGAACACGGACGGGGUGAUUUUAUGUCAUUGGCAAUCAUCCGGCGUUCUCUCCAGUUCAGAUUUAAUUGUGGAACUGGGGUGGCCAUCAUUAUCAGUGAAAGCAAAAUAAAAUUAGGCAGUUGGCACACUGUCAGUAUCUACAGGGAUGGACCGAAUGGACUACUCCAGGUGAACAAUGGCACCCCAGUGACAGGACAAUCUCAGGGCCAAUACAGCAAAAUUACAUUCCGAACCCCUUUCUACCUCGGUGGGGCUCCUAGUGCCUACUGGUUGGUCAGAGCAACAGGAACAAACCGUGGCUUCAAGGGCUGUGUUCAGUCACUGGCCAUCAAUGGAAAGAAAAUAGACAUGAGGCCAUGGCCACUUGGGAAAACUCUAAGUGGGGCUGAUGUAGGGGAAUGCAGCAGCGGCAUUUGCGACGAAGCCUCCUGCAUCAAUGGCGGCACCUGCACGGCAGUCAAAGCAGAUUCCUACAUUUGCCUCUGUCCCCUAGGAUUUAAAGGGCGCCAUUGUGAAGACGCUUUCACCCUGGCCAUUCCUCAGUUCAAUCAAUCUCUGAGGUCCUUUGCUGCAACCCCUUGGCCAUUAGAACCCCAGAAUUACCUCUCUUUCAUGGAAUUUGAGAUCACAUUUCGGCCAGACUCAGAAGAUGGUGUUCUCUUGUACAGCUAUGACACGGGCAGCAAAGACUUCCUAUCCAUCAACAUGGUGGCUGGCUAUGUGGAAUUUAGAUUUGACUGUGGCUCUGGAACAGCUGUUCUCCGGAGUGAAGAGCCCCUUUCCCUGGGUCACUGGCAUGAACUGCAUGUGUCUCGAACAGCAAAGAAUGGGAUCUUACAAGUGGAUAGACAGAGGACAGUGCAAGGCAUGGCAGAGGGAGCCUUUACUCAGAUUAAGUGCAACACUGAUAUUUUCAUUGGUGGAGUGCCCAACUAUGAUAACGUAAAGAAGAAUUCAGGCAUCCUCCAGCCUUUCAGUGGGAGCAUCCAAAAGAUUGUCCUUAAUGACCGAACCAUUCACGUGAGGCAUGAUUUUACGUCUGGUGUGAACGUGGACAAUACCGCCCACCCUUGUGUGCGAGCCCCCUGUGCCAAUGGAGGCAGCUGUAGACCCAGGAAGGAUGGGUACGAGUGUGACUGCCCCUUGGGCUUUGAUGGGCAGCACUGCCAGAAAGAGUGUGGGAAUUACUGCCUCAACACUAUCACCGAAGCCAUUGAGAUCCCACAGUUUAUUGGCAGGAGUUACCUCAUCUACAACAAUCCAGAUAUCCUCAAAAGGGUAUCAGGAUCACGUUCUAAUGCCUUCAUGAGGUUUAAGACAACAGCCAAAGAUGGGCUGCUGAUGUGGAGGGGAAACAGUCCCAUGAGACCCAACAGUGACUUUUUUUCCUUGGGUCUUCAGGAUGGAGCCCUUGUGUUCAGCUACAACUUGGGUAGUGGUGUCGCUUCCAUCGUAGUGAACGGAUCCUUCAAUGAUGGCCGGUGGCAUAGAGUGAAAGCUGUCCGGGAUGGCCAAUCUGGGAAGAUAACUGUGGAUGACUAUGGAGCGAGAACAGGCAAAUCCCCUGGGAUGAUGAGACAGCUGAAUAUCAACGGAGAUCUCUACGUAGGUGGAAUGAAGGAAAUUGCCCUGCAUACAAAUAGGCAAUAUAUGAGAGGUCUAGUGGGCUGUAUCUCCCAUUUUACUCUUUCCACUGAUUACCACAUUUCCCUAGUGGAAGAUGCAGCCGAUGGGAAAAACAUCAACACCUGUGGAGCCAAGUAAGAGCAGCCAACGUUCCCCAAGGGAGAGUGAGCAUUUUUCCUCCAGAAGCCCUGUGUCCCUGACACCCAGCCCAGUGCUGCACACCAAGUCCCCAGGGCACUCCCUCCUCAUCAAAGAGGACGACAUUCUGAUCAGAAACUCUGGACCUAGAAAGGAAUCCCAGCAGCUUUCCCUGCUGACCAAACCUCUGUGGACCAAAUGCCACUGAAUCCUCCACACAGGAUAUGUCAGACUGUCCACGGAAUGUAUAGCCACUGCAGAGACCCAACAUCAAUGAGAAUUCCAGAGAUGGCUGUGCUGUGAUGAGUAGUUCAAUGACUGUGUCGUGACUCAUAGUACUUUCUUUUGAAACAUCCAGCAGAACAGUAUUAAAAUGCUUCUCUUCACUCCCAAUUCCUGAUACUCUUAAUGCCAGCAGGAUGACUAGGUGACCCCAAACUUUCCGUUUCUUCCCCUCCCCAUGAAAUUGCUUGGCUACCUGCUGCUCUGUCCUCAGCACAUUCUGGCCAGGCCCUGUACAUAAGGAAAGAAGAAGCUCAAUCCUGUGGAAGCUAUUUCAGAAUUGUUAGGGGGGGGGGGGCUGAAAUCCUUUUUUAACAAAAUAAUGCAAACCUCAGAAAAUAGACACCAUGAUUUUGUAGAAGUACUUUUGUAUGUGUAUAUUUUUAUAGAGGCAGAACUGACCACAUAGUAGACUUUGGAAAGUUGAGGUGAAUUCCACUUCAGUCCUUGAACAUUUUUACAUAUGGACACCCCUGGGUGUCUGUGGGGAUAGGGUCAGGGUGGGCCACCAGGAGUCUGACAAUUCUCUUUUGUCAAUAUUCGUCAUUCAGAGUGUAUAAUUAUGAAGCUUUCCUGACCUAAACUGAUUAAAGGAUUGAACGUA